AGGACGUUGAUCCCAAAUAACAUUUUAAAAGCUUGCGUGUGGUGCCGUUCACUAGUAUUAUUAACGUAAACUUGCCAUUAUUUUAUUAUCAACUCAAGCAAGGACAAGGGUGAAGAACACACACUCACGUUAAUAAGUUAUUUAACAAUUAGUUGAACACAAUAAGAAAAAUGGCGUUGGCAGAACGACCAGAAUUUGAUGUCAUUAUUGUUGGUGGUGGGAUUUCAGGUUUGAGUGCAGCAAGAGAAUUAUUAAAAAGAGACAAAGAUUUGAAGGUUUUAGUUUUAGAAGCGAAAGAUCGUGUUGGGGGGCGUACACUGUCAACGACUUUGAAAACUCUCUCUGGUUGUGACACUUGGGAUUUGGGAGGUCAGUGGGUUUCCAGCACACAAAAUAAUAUCAUGACCCUGAUCAAGGAAUUAGGCUUAGAGACUUACCCACAAUUUGUCCAAGGUACUAAGAUGCUACAACAUGGCAAGAGAGGAAAGAUAGGAACGUACCAAGGAGCUAUUCCAAGGUUAUCACUUCUACCCCUAUUGGAGAUUCAUUUCUUUACAGACAAGUUGAACAAAAUUUCCAGAGAUUUUCCAGUCGAGAACCCAUACCUUCAUCCUGAAGCACAUGUUCUUGAUGGAAUGACAGCAGAGACGUUCAUACACCAGCACUUGUAUACUCAAGCAGCUCGGGAAGUCACAGAAAUUGGUAUCGAAACUGUAUUUGGUGCUUCAUCAAGAAGUUUCUCAGCUUUGCACCUUUUGAGAUAUUCAGCAUCAGCAGGAGGAAUUAAUCAGUUGCUUGAAACGACGGAAGGCUGUGCUCAAGAGGCAAGGAUCAAG